CGACACAGGGUGGAGGAGGGAGGCUGAACAAAGGAAGAAACCAACCAACCUCCGGCAAUGGCGGUGGGCGGCUAUAUAUAUCCAGCCCUCUCCUCCCCAAAUCCCUUUCCAUCCUCCACACCGUACACGCACAACCACCACCUCUUGGGCCGGCCGGGGGUGCGAUCCGCCCGCCCGCCCAUGGCCGCCGCCACCGCCUCGUACUGGUACUGGCUCGCCGAGCACCCGGCCAUCGUCGGGUUCCGGUGGAGCCCCACGGACCUGUGGUUCUCCACCUGGGCGUUCCUCCUCAGCUUCCUCGCCUCCUACGUGGCGCUCUGCCUCGCCCUCGACGCCUUCCUCGGCACCGCCCUGCGCCGCCGGAAGCCGCUCCCGCUGGGCCCCGCGCCCGCCGCGCACGCGCUCCUGAUGGCGGGCGUGUCGGCGGCCAUCUUCGCCGGCACCCUGCUCUCGGCCGUGGCGGAGAUACGGGACACGCGGUGGUCGUGGCGCGGGCGGAGCCGGACCACGCCGUUCCGGUGGCUGCUGUGCUUCCCGCCGGGGACCCGCUCCUCGGGCCGCGUCUUCUUCUGGUCCUACGCCUACUACCUCUCCCGGUACCUGCACGCGGCGCGGGGCGUGUUCGCGGUGCUCCGGCGGCGGCGCGGCGCGGCGGCGCGGGUGUUCGCGCACGCCGCGUCCGUGGCCAUGGCGUUCCUGUGGCUGGAGUUCUCGCAGUCGUUCCAGGUGCUGGCCAUCCUGGCGUCGACGCUGGCGCACGCCGUCGCGUUCGGGUUCCGGUUCUGGGUGGGCGCGGGGCUCCCCGCCGCGCGCGCCGCCCGGGGCGCCCCCGUCGCGCUCGGCUGCCAGGUGGCGCUGCUGGGGUGCAACCUGGCGUGCCACGUGGGCGUGGUGUGGAUGCACUUCGGCGCCGUCGGCGGCGGGUGCAGCGGCAUCGGCGCCUGGGUCUUCAACACGCUGCUCAACGCCGCCCUGCUCUGGGUCUUCCUGCAUUGCUACGGCAAGCGCGGCGUCUGCGACGACGACGGCGGCGCCACCUUAAGCCACCACGGCAGCAGCAAGGACCUCUAAUCCAUAUCCAUCCCUUGCUCAGGUCAACCAACCAACCAACAAAUCCAUCCAUCCUGUAAUAUAUUUUUGUAAAUAGGCCAACAAGGGCGAUCGCCGAUCGGAGGGGAUAAACACCACCAACGACAAGAUAACACAGGGGAUCGAUGAGCAAUCGCAAUUGCAAUCGAUGGAUCCUCUUUUUGAUUGCAGCUUUUUGCGAAUCAAAAGAGGGAUAAAACUCGUCGAGGCAAUAAUCGAAUCCCUGCCUAGUUUUCUCUUUCUCUUUCUCUCUCUUUUCUUUUUUUUUAUUACUACUAGUCCGUUCUCGUCGUGUUCAUGGGAUUUCUUUCUCAGGAAGAAGGGAAUGGAAGAGGAAAAAAGAACAUUUUUUGGCAAACCAAACCGCCCCUGUGUCAUUCCGUUCA